GUUCGCCAAUUCCAUUACUAAUAGAAAAGAAAACCUGCGCAGCUAUUCUUCUGCUGCUCGACACUCGUCAAUUGCGUUCUCGUUUUCUCGACCUAAUCGAGUAAUCAAUAUCGACAUCGCCUAGCGUCUUGAAGCCUUGGAAGCUUGGAGCCUGUCGGCUGAAUCGACAUUGGAGGUUGGAAGGUGGAGGGCCGGAUGCUGUCGGGUUGAAUCAGAUUGGAGGCUAUCGAUCUUCUGAGUUCUUGACCUACCGUUUUGCAGAAUGGAAACAACAGAAGAAACCAAUAUACAAGAGAAAGUUGUCCAGAUUUUUUCACAUUUCAUGGAAAGGGUUGCCAAAUAUGAGGAGCAAGUAGCUGCAGGGAAUAGAUUUCUUGAUAUCUUCCGUCAAGCACUCGAUUUCAUUCGAAGACCCUCCAUUGACAACACAUCACAACUCUUUGAAAAUGUCAUUAAAGCUAACAAUACUGAUAGAAUGCAAUCUUACAUUAAAGCUGGAUGUACACACACUUCUGAUAGAGCUGAAAAUCUCAACAAGUUGCAUAAAAACCAUAUCCAAUUGUUGGAUAUUGCAAAUAAAGGAAAUAGUAUUAUCAAAGAACUUGAAUCCCUUGUUGAGGACUUAAAUCUGGUAAUAGAAUCUGCAAAUGAAACCUUACCACAAGAUCUUACUCCUGAUUUGGAUGAUAUAUUAAAUGAGGAGCAAAUAGUGUCAUUUAUCCCUGAGAAAUCUAAGGUUAUUGAUUAUGCAAUCAUUGUAGCUUUGGUAUAUAGCAUGGUGAAAAAGGAUUACCUUAUGCAGGAAAAGAUUGUUUCUACGCUUAAUCUAAAGACAUCAUCAGGAGAACUAGAGACAUAUUGUUUGAUGUGGUCGUUACGCCCUUUUGUGAAUGAUGAAAUUAUGCAAAAAGCUUGGAGACUAAUUCCAUAACUCGUUUUAAAUCAUUUCAAUUUCGCCGGAUAGUCACCGGAAAAAGCUGAUUAGGCGGCGGUGGCGGUGGUGCAACACCCAUUCGUGGCGGCAGAGCAGAGAAAAC